AUGCUUUUGGAAUAUGAUAUACGUAGUACUUUUUGGAUACUGUUCUUGCUCAUCACCAAAGUGUUUUGCCGGCCGUUGAUGCAAAGGAUUGUAGUAGAUCGUCACGAAUGGGAGGUCCCGAGCGAGCCAGAAUGGGAGGAAAUCGUUAAGGAAGCAACUGCGGCACAGCAACGUGUUUUCAGAUCAUGUAGGACAACUAGUGAAUGUCGUCAGAUAGUUGCUGAAUUUUCAGCUAUUUUCGAUCGUUAUCCCAAAUUCAAGCAUUUCUAUGAAACUCACAAAGUUGAAAACAGCACAUGGAUUUAUAUUUCAAAGAAACGAUUUCAAAUUCGUAUCGCUCUUGUAGGCGUAUGCGACAUGCUUGGGCAAAUCAAUCGAAAGCAUGAGCGAAAAUGUCAUGCUCCAGAAAAUUCUUCGUGCACUGUUCACCGCCACCAAACACUGCUAAUACCACAUGCGUCUCAUACUUUUGACUUUGAUGUUACUCGCUGA